AUGGAAGGUAGCACACCUACCACUGCCAGAAUUGUAAUACAACGUAGAGGCAUUCUCGUUUUGGCGGCUGUUGCUCCCGGCGACACGGUAAAGGAGGCUGAGGCUUUGGCAUCCAAAGUAAUCAAGUUGAAACUGUGGGAUGAUGAAUCAGGAGGCCGGUGGAAGAAGAGUGUCCAAGACAUCGGCGGCGAGGUAUUGUGUGUCUCUCAGUUCACCUUGCUUGCUUCCACCAAGAAGGGCAGCAAGCCCGACUUCCACGGAGCCCUAGGCCCCGAUGAGGCCAAGACCUUGUAUGACCUGUUUUACAAGAAGGUUCAGGAAGGCUAUAAAGCAGGAAAGGUUAAGAAUGGUGUUUUCCAGGCUAUGAUGCAGGUUGCCUUGGUUAAUGAUGGACCGGUUACCCUCGAGGUAUCGGCCACGCCGGCAGCGCAGCAGCAGCAGCAGCAGAAGAAGAAGAAGGAAGACCGAAAGCUUAACCAGAAGCAGCAAAAGCAGCCACAACAAGGGGCCGUGGAAAACGACCAAGCGACGGCAGACAAGGUGCCUGGCAUGACUAAUCAAGUCUAGGUAAUGGAGUGGUUGAGGAUUGCGAGAUGGACCUAAGAAGGGGUCGAUGUAAUUGCCAAAUGUAGAGCCGGGAAGAUGAUCUGCUAGACGUAAGUAGAGUUUAGAGGUUGAUAGUUGGGUUCUAAAAGUGUGCUC